CCAGCCUUACUCGAAUCUUGUACUGAUUCAACAUUCAUUAUCUUUUCCUCUCAUUGCAAUGAAGUGUUGUUUUGCUCUACUUUAUUUAGGUUUGCUCCAGUUCCUGCCCGAAGUGAGUACUGGACUGAGUGGACGGUACACGUUUCAAGACAAUCAGGGGGGUACCUUCAUAGUCAGAACCAACAACAAAAUAAGUAAGAAGUUAAAGAAGAAAAUAGCAGCUCUGGAUGGCGUAGCGGCUUGGAAUGAGUUUAACAAACUUUAUGGACCGAGACUGAAGAGCGCCAGAUUGCUUGUUUCGGCUGAUCAAAAAACACAGCGUAAAGAGCAAAAGAAAGAAAAGAGGAAUUUUCUGAGAAGUCUGAAUGAGGUUAAGAUACACAACAUUGAAUACAAAAGCGGAGACAGCAAGUACGAAACAACAAUGAAUCUCUUCUCUACAAUGGAUACCUGGGAAAAGGAGAAAUACCUUGGUCUCGACAAAAAUAUUAGUCGAGAGGAAAUACCAGAUGAGUUGGAACUGCCAGAUGGGUUGGAAGCCUGUAGGAACAGAUACACUUCAACGAGAUGCCAAACCAUUAAACUUAACGGCCAAUGUGAUGAAAAUGGGGAACAAUGUGAGCUGACAUGCGGUAGAUGUGGUGAAUUUAAGCUUCCGGAAACCCUUGACUGGAACGCGCGAGGUUAUGUCACUUCAGUGAAGGAUCAGAUGAGUUGUGGGUCAUGUUGGACUUACAGUGCUGCGAGUGUGAUGGAGUGGAUCUAUAAGAAAACUACAGGAAAAUUGAUGCAGCUCUCCGUGCAAGAAUUAUUGGAUUGUACAUAUGAUGCGUAUGAUGCGUAUGAUGGCUGCAAAGGUGGGUUCCCGGAAGAUGCUUGGACGUAUGUAAGAGAUAACAGUCGGCUAGCAAGCAGCAGUAAAUACCCAUAUGCCAACUCCGACGGUGAAUGCAACAUAUUAGCUGUAGGUACAAUGGAACAUAAUUUCGGAAACGAAAUAGAGGGAAAGUUCCAAGUAGGAAAUCCUGUGUUACUCCCACCAAACCUGGACGGGUUAGUGAAAGAGGCGGUUAACACCAUGGUACUAACCGUAGCUAUCUACGUUUCCAAGGACACUAACAGCGGCUUCUUCCAGCUGAACGAGGGAAUAUUCGACAGCUUUGUCGACUGCCCAGCAGGAAGCUCCCCAAAUCAUGUAAUCGCCCUGGUUGGCUACGGUCCUGACUACUGGGAAAUAAAGAACUCGUGGGGUGUUGACUGGGGAGAUAACGGGUUUGGAAAGUUACUGAGAGGGCAGGGUAUCAACAUGUGUGGUAUUCUGAACAACGUGGCGUACGUGGGCUACACAGACUUGAACCAUAGUGACGGAGAGUCUGAUUUCUCAAGAGAAGCAGUUGUGGAGGAGGAGGCUGAUGUUGAUGACUGUUUUGAUGAUCCUGAGUAUGCUGGUGCGGGUAUGUGUCCAUAUUGGGCUGCUGAAAGCUACUGCACUGCAGGAGAUUAUGUUAGCUGGAUGGCUGAUAAUUGUCAGAGGUCUUGUAAGCUGUGUGCUGAGAGCUGUGAUCCUGGUUACUUUCUAGCUCCAGGCACCAGCUCAAACUGCCAGAUUUGUCCAGCGAACAGCUACAAUAACUUAUCCCGGGCAAGGUCCUGCACGCUGUGUUCUGCAGGUUCCUGGUCUCUAUCAGGAGCUAGCUCCUCAGACAACUGCACCGAGUGCCAGCCCGGCACUCACCUAUCUCCAGAUAGCAACAGGUGUGAGACUUGUCCCAUUGACGCUUACUCCAACUACGGUGCUACCACCUGCACGGAGUGUCCAGAAGGUUCUAGAUCUGCUGCAGGAUCUACUGAUGAUUCUGAUUGUAUUAUUCCUCCGGAAGAUUGUUCAGAUGCACUUCCAGAGUCAAAGUGCCAUGAGUUUAUGAAGGCUGGAAAUUGUGUCGGAGGAAAGCACGUGACUACAGCAAACUGGGGCUGCAAGAAGACUUGUGCUUUCUGUCAAGUAGUAGAAGUGUGCGAGAAUAAGUAUGAAAGUGAUUCAAUAUGCGACGAGUGGGCAGGACUAGGCUACUGUGACGAUGGUCAGUACGAAGAAUGGAUGGAAGAAAACUGCACAAAGUCAUGUGGGCUUUGUGAGGUUGAGGAAUGUGUGGACCUAGAGCAAGAUUGUUCUGCUUGGGCAUCAUAUGGCUACUGUAUUGAGUCUAGUGAGUACCACCCAUACAUGGCAGCUCAUUGCAGCAGGUCAUGUGAGUUUUGCACUGCUGAGGAAUCAGCAGCGUGCACCUACCAACCAGACAGUCACCAGUACUGCACUACAUGGAAGGAGCAAGGCUAUUGUGCAUCCUCCACUUACAUUGAGUUCAUGACACAGCAGUGUUCAACUUCCUGCCAACUGUGUCCUGAUCAAACUGACACCCACGGAACAGUGCCCGUUUGCAAAGCUGAUGACCCCACACAAUCCUGUGAUUACUACGCUAAGCUGGGGUACUGUAGGUCCUCCUGGAGCAACUACAUGGAAACAUACUGCGCCACAACAUGUGGCUCCCAAUGUGCUGGAUCCUGCAGGGACAACAACCAAUACUGCAUGAACUGGGCAACACAAGGCCAGUGUGAGUCAAACCCUUACUACAUGAACGUGAACUGCAAGUCUUCCUGUAACAAGUGCUAUGAGAACUCUGUGAGCGAGGUUAGAGGAGUUCCCGGAUGUCAGGAUAAGAAUGAGUACUGUGUGGUGUGGGCAAGCCAGGGCUACUGCACCAGCAACAGGGCUUACAUGGCCGGGAGUUGCGCGCUCAGUUGUAAUACCUGCAUAGAGAAAGGAAACUGUGAGGAUAGUCAUAGCCACUGUGAGGAUUGGGCCACUAUUGGGGAGUGCCAGAGAAACAGUGCGUAUAUGCUGGAGAACUGUAAAAGUAGCUGUAACGCUUGUGAUUGAGUUAGCAGUGGUACUGCAAAGAUAAGCUCCACCUGUGUGGAUUAUGACAGUAUGUGUCGAAGUUGGGCUGCUCAAGGUUAUUGUCAUAAAAGAGGCUAUAUGUAUAAAAGCUUCUGUAGAAAGUCCUGUGGGCUGUGACCAAUGCUAAAAGGACCCUUGAAGCUCUUGACAUUAUUUUACAAUAAAACUACUACUAGUCUUAUUUAGACUGGCUGGUUUAAAUAUUAUACAUUUUAAAUAUACAGUUAUGAUUUAACUAGUAUUUAUCAGUUAUCAAAUAAAAAGAUAAAUCAACAAUUAUCGACUUUAUAUCGACCAGGGCUUUAAUCAAGUUUAUUUGCUGCACAAAAGGACAGUACGACUUAUUCAUUUUUUCCGCGAUUUUGACUUCCAGUAACCAAAAACUGCUGUUCCAACUUUAUCAAAGGCUGGUAACCUACUACUACGUAGCUAGAAGGAAGUUAUUUUAGAAAACGAUCGAGUACCAAAUCUUUAUUAACUAAGACAAACAAUUCACAUAUUAAAUAAACAAUUUCAAACGGACAGCUUACCAGUUUAACGAUACGUUUUUCUUGUAAAUAAAUUUUAAUUUUAAUUAAAAUCAUUU